AUAGAUGUCUGUCAUAUCUUGUGUGUGUUGUGGAAUAGUGAUGAUAUUUUAAGAGAAUACAAAAAUAGGUUCUUACAAAAAAAACAUGUAAAUUUUAUCGAAUACUUAAUUUUAUUCUAUUGUAAACAACAAAAUUGACGGCAAUAUCAUGACGUCUCAAGCGCUAGCUUCACUAACAGCAACUUAUACUGACUCGGAAGGAGAGGAAAGCAUUGUUGAUGAACCAACACCUGAAAAAGAGGAAGCAAAAGUAUCGCAAUCAGUCCCUGUGAGCCCUAAAAAAGUCGAUGAGAAUAGUAAAUCAGCCUCAGCGCCGACUUCGCCUAAGCGUAGACUGGUUUCAUAUGUGGAUGAUACAUUAGUGUCAGAUGAAGAGCCUCUGUCUCCCACAGCAGAGGACCAAGAUGACAUGCGUCGGCUGUCCAUGGAGACCGAUACAGAUGAGGCUGUACCUCGGUCUGAUCCCGACGACUCCCAGGACGGGGUCAGCAUACCUCCUGCGCCUCCGGGGAAAUGCCCUAAAGAACUACAGGAAAUUAUUGCCAAAUUUUACAGUCGAAUGUUAAAUGAAGGCUUAGAUAUGAAUAGAAUCAUUCAGGACAAGAAGAAUUUCAGGAAUCCUAGUAUUUAUGAAAAACUUAUUGAAUUUUGUCAUAUAAAUGAGUUAGACACAAAUUAUCCCCCUGAAAUAUAUGAUCCAUUAAAAUGGGGUAAGGAGUCUUAUUAUGAUGAGUUAUCACGUGUUCAGAAACUCGAAAUGGAUAGAAGGGAAAAGGAAAAGAAGGAAAAAUUGUCCAAGAUUGACUUUUUGUCUGGUGUUGCCAAGAAACCAGAAAGUGAUGAGGAAAAAAAGAGGAAAUCAAAAUGGGACCAAGCUGCACCCAAUGUGGGAGCAAAGCCAACUAUCAAACAGCCCGGCUUGGUGCAGCAACCUCUUACCAGCAACGUUACGGGAACCAAGAGUACUGUCAUCUCUGCAUUUGGGUCUUUACCUAAGAAACCCAAGUUGUGACUUUGAAGCGAA